AUGGGAAACCAGCCCUCCAAAGAAGGCGGCCAUGCAUCUGCCAAGGGCGCCCCGACCGCCGAAGACCUCAAGUCUUACCCGUCUUUUGGCAGAUCCGAUACCAAGGAUUCGUCGCGGUCCUUCAAGGCGCUGCGAUCCAAAAUUCCCGGGUCGAGCAACAAAACUGACAGCCCGAGGAACUCUGUCAUUGCCUCUCCUGGCGACGAAAAAGCCGACCCCGCGAGCGCGAAAACCCGAGGCCGCAAUGACUCCGCCUCUUCUCCUACGUCGCCAUCAGGUGACCUAGCCUCCCCGCUCGACGAUUCCCAGCCGCCGCCCUCCCCAACGCAAUCCAGCACUAUCAAGAGCGGAAGCGGCCAUCACGAUGUGAGCGCCGCCCAAGCUUCCGGCGAGGUUGACCACGUAUCCGAUCAGCCGCCUUGCGCUGGAGGCAGCCUCAACACCCACAUGCAGCAGCCAGGAAAGUCCAUCUUGGCAAAGGGCGGUGACGGUACCUCGACGCCAGUCGCCAAAACGUCAUCUACCAGCUCUGCUGACAGGCACGAGGGCGGCGUUGCCAUGAGCGAAAUCAAGGACAUCGACCUCGACGACUUCAUCAAGCGACUUCUCGACGCGGGCUACGCUGGCAAGGUCACAAAGAGCGUGUGCCUGAAGAACGCCGAGAUUGUCGCCAUCUGCUCACGAGCUCGCGAGGUUCUUCUUUCUCAGCCUGCCCUCUUGGAACUCGAUGCCCCGGUCAAAAUCGUCGGUGAUGUCCACGGACAAUACACGGAUCUGAUUCGCAUGUUCGAAAUGUGUGGUUUCCCCCCUUCGUCCAACUAUCUCUUCCUGGGCGACUACGUCGAUCGCGGCAAGCAGUCUCUCGAGACAAUCCUUCUUCUGCUUUGCUACAAACUCAAGUUCCCCGAGAACUUCUUCCUCCUGAGAGGCAACCACGAGUGCGCAAACGUGACGCGAGUCUAUGGAUUCUACGACGAAUGCAAACGGCGCUGCAAUGUGAAGAUUUGGAAGACUUUCAUCGAUUGCUUCAACACGCUUCCCAUCGCUGCUAUCGUCGCAGGCAAGAUUUUCUGCGUCCACGGCGGCUUGUCUCCGGCGCUGGGCCACAUGGACGACAUCCGCGGCAUUGCGCGACCUACCGAUGUCCCCGACUACGGACUUUUGAAUGAUCUCUUGUGGUCUGAUCCUGCCGAUAUGGAGCAAGAUUGGGAGGCCAACGAACGAGGCGUCAGUUAUUGUUUCGGCAAGAAGGUUAUCCUCGACUUCCUCGCUGCACACGACUUCGACUUGAUUUGCCGAGCUCACAUGGUGGUUGAGGACGGAUACGAGUUUUUCAACGAUAGAGUCCUUGUUACGGUAUUCAGUGCUCCCAACUACUGCGGCGAAUUCGAUAAUUGGGGCGCCGUCAUGUCCGUUUCCAACGAGUUGCUCUGCAGCUUCGAGCUGCUGAAGCCGCUAGAUUCAAGCGCGCUGAAGAGCCAUAUCAAGAAGGGCAGAAACAAGAGGCAGAGCAUGCUGAACAGUCCGUCGGGCAACCGGGCGAAACAGUCAGACCAGAAAUUUUGCGGCAGCCGAUACAGCUCCGGCGACAUCUCGAAUAUCCUCGGCAGGUGGAACUCCCCGAAGGAAGCAGACGCCGACCCGAGUCCGAAGCGACGGACGAUGCCUGUGAAGGCGUAA